CAGACAAGGUAUUCUGCUUCUACAACAGCGGUGCCCUCUACCGAACAGGAAACGGAAAGGUGGCAGUAGCUGAUCUGAACCCGAGCUUGUGCACUCAUAUGGUCUACCAGUAUAUCUCCUUCACAAGCAUUGGUCUCAUCGAAACGCUCGAUUUGAACACUGCCGAAUUGGGACAAUUUGUCAAGUUAAAAUCUACUUCAAUAUCAAAUCCGAAAAUGCUUAUCUCUUUGGGUGGUCCCUCGCAGAGCUCUAAAGCAAUGUCCAAACUGUUUGUAAGUACCUCCCAGCGUGCUAUUACAGCAGCGGCGGUUCUCAAAUUUCUCAACCUGUACGGACUGGAUGGAGUGGAUCUCCACUGGCAGUGGCCCGUACUGAAGGGUGGCUAUCCGGAUGAUCGUACCGCAUUCCCAAAGCUGCUUAACGAAAUGCAGAAAGUUCUCAAACCUGAGGGAAAAUUGCUGACGAUCUCCGUGGCACCCACUAAGGAUUACUUUGCGUCCUCUUAUGAUGUGACCGCCAUAAAUCCGUACGUCGACUACAUCAAUGUAAUGGCGUUCGAUUUGCGUGCCUAUUGGAAUGCCCAGACUGGACACAGUGCUGCGGUUUAUCGGGCUGUUGAUGAGACUGGCCGAGUCGAACGGGAACUGAAUAUGGAUUUCAUUAUAGCGGGAUGGAUUGCUACCGGUAUUAGUCCAGCAAAGAUCAUUCUGGGGGUGUCAGCAAAUGGUCAUAGUUUUAAACUGGCAGACUCCACGGUCAAUGCCUUACGCAGUCGUACAGUAGGACCUGGACCAGCACAAAAGUAUACCUUGGAAAAGGGCACCCUGAGUUAUCUUGAAGCAUGUGAGCUGGCCCGAGAAGGUGGCUGGACAACGGUUUGGGACACGCGCGCACUUGCGUACUAUACGUACAAGGGUACCACGUGGUUGUCGUACGAAAGCCAAGCCUCACUGGAAGCGAAACUCAAUCUCGCGCGGGAAAACUCCAUCGGUGGCGUAGGCAUGUGGAACGUGGAAGGUGAUGACGUGAGAAAUGUCUGCGGUGGGGGCAAGUACACCUUGCUAAGCUAUAUUGCAGAGGCGUUGAUAUCCGGGUCGGAUUCUACCGUAACACCAAUUGCCCCGACUGUCACUACGACCACAACUACAGCCAAAACUACAACCACAACCCAAGCCACCACAGGAUACCCGGAAUACUGUCCAUCCAGUGGGUUCGUUCGUGAUCCGUACGAUUGCCAAUCGUUUUAUCGCUGUACUCCCGGAUCAAAGUUUGUUGCUACGGGAAAAACAACCUGCGGCGUCGGAACGCUGUUCGAUGCCAGGUAUAAUGUGUGCAAUCAUGCCGCAUCUGUUACUUGUUAACCGUGGAAAGGUAAUCAUAUUUAGAUGUAAAAUUUGCACAAGGCUUUUAAAUCAUUAGUUUUUAGUGAGUUUUUAUAUUAGUGUUAACACAUUGCUUGAUAACCAAUAUCAGAAUUUAGUUUUUAAAAAUUAGAACGGAUUCGCAUUUAAAAAAAAAAUGGCAGUGUGAACUAAAGUGAGGAGUCAAAGUGACGCAAUUUUUAGGGUUAAAAUUUGUUUCUUUGCACUUAAAAAAAAUAUUACAA